AUGAACAAACAAAAAUCUAUUACCUCCUUUUUCAAACGAAAAGAGCCAGAAAAUGACACAACACCCGACGAAAAUAAUCCAGUUAAUGAAGAUACUCCUACCCGGACACAUAAUCAUGAAGAAGGUCCAUCGAUCAUUGACAAUGACAAUGUGGAUAUCAAUUCUUUAGAACGUGAUCCAGGGUUACGUCCUCCAAUAUGGGCUUAUCCAAUUGGAAAACGAAAUGAAAUAAGACGUGCUUAUAUUAAAUUGGGGCCUUAUCAACCUCAAUUGGCAGAAUAUCCCUUUUCAGGGCCUACAAAGCAUCGUCGCCGAUUUCAAUCUACUUGGUUUGUUAAGUUCCCAGAUUGGUUGGAAUAUUCACCUUCUAAAGAUGAUGCGUUUUGUCUACCUUGUUAUCUAUUUACUGAAACACCAAAUUCUCGGCAAAAUCGAUUGCGUUUAAAGGCCUCUAUCAAUGUCCUUCUCUUGUUGACUACACAAUCUUGUCCUUUAAGAGGUCACAAUGAAACAAAUAAUUCUGAGAAUCAAGGAAACUAUCUUGAAUUCAGAAAGGUGUUGGCUGCAUAUAAUAAAGAUGUUUCCAAAGCUAUACGACAAGCUCCUUAUAAUGCCAAAUAUACUGCUCCCUCGAUUCAAAAAGAGAUUCUCCAUAUUAUUUCGAAUAAGGUUCCCAACUAUAUUAGACAAGAAAUUGGUAACUCCAAAUUCUGUAUUAUUGUUGAUGAGGCUCGAGAUGAAUCUAAAAGAGAGAAAAUGGUUCUUGUUUUAAGGUUUGUUGACAAAUAUGGAACAAUUAGGGAGCGAUUUUUUUACCUUAUACGAGUUUCCGAUACCACGGCAGCAACACUUAAAAGAGAAUUGUGUUCAGUUCUUGCUCGACAUAAUUUAUCUGUUGAAAAUAUUCGAGGGCAAGGAUAUGAUGGUGCUAGUAACAUGAGAGGUGAGUGGAAUGGUUAUCAAGCAUUAUUUCUUUCUAAUUGUCCAUAUUCUUAUUAUAUCCAUUGUUUUGCUCAUCGUUUACAAUUAGCAUUGGUUGCCGCAUCUAGAGAUGUUAGAGUAAUACAUCAAUUUUUUUCAAAUUUGACUUUCAUUAUCAAUGUCAUUGUUUCAUCUCUUAAACGAGUUGACCAAUUGCAAUCCAUCAAAUCUGAUGAAAUUAAAAGGCUAUUAUCAAUUGGUGAAAUAGAUAGUGGUAGAGGAUCUAAUCAGACGAGUACUUUAAAAAGAGUUGGAGAUACACGUUGGGGUUCACAUCUUUACUCUAUUCGUAGCUUGAUGAAAAUGUUUGAUGCAACAAUGUUAGUACUUGAACACAUCUCAAAUGAUAAGUAUAGUAAUUCUUCUCAACGUGGAGAUGUUGAUGUUGCUUUAUAUCUAAUGAUUUCCUUUGAUUUUGUGUUCAUUGCCCAUUUAAUGGAAGAAAUUUUGGGAAUUGCUAAUGUUCUAUGUCAAGCCUUAUAA